UGCUAUCUAUAGUGCGACUAUUUUCAGACCAUGCAGACAGGACGCAAUGGAAGUCUCACAAACCUUUAUUUACCGUCCAGUUCUGGGGAAAAAAUGGCUGUUCUACACUCGAGUCACGCGCUGCAUUGUCACUUGAGAGGCUUUUUUAGGGAGAGAACAGACCCGGGGUUUAACAGAUCAUGGAAGUGCCCGAAGGCCUGGGAGUCAACCGGCAGAUUCAUGCAGAGAAUGCGACCCUUGAUCUGGAGGACAGAGAGCAGCAGGCGGGCUGGGUGAGAGUGAGGGUGGAGGAGAGCUGCUUCACUGUGGAGCGGGCCUUGCUUGCGAGGUGCAGCAACUACUUCUGCGCCCUCUUUCAAUCUGGGAUGGCAGAAAGUCAACAAGAAGAGCUCCACCUGAAGGGAGGGUUGCGUGCAAGGGGUUUCCUCAUCACCCUCGCUGUCUGCAGGGGAGAGACCCCCGCUCUCUGUGACCCGGAUGAGCUUGUAGAAGCCGUAGAGUGCGCUGCCUUUCUGCAGGUUGCAUGCUUGGUGCGGCAUCUUUGUGACAUUAUCGACUCAGACAACUGCCUCUUGCUUUACCACGCAGCCUCCAUCUAUGGGGUGCAUGCACUCUUUCACAGUGCUGCUCUUUUCCUCUGUGAUGCCUUUGAGGAUUUGAAGGAAGCAGCAGAGAGUAUGAUUCCUGAAGACCUCCUUCAAUAUUCUCAAUCACUCUCUCCUGCUACUUACAUUGCUAUAGGCACACACACUCCCUCAAUGGACCUGCUGCAGGACUCCUUUAGGAUUGUUUGCUACCUGGAUGAAAAAGAGGAAGAGUGGAAGCAUCUGACAGACCUCCCAACUCUCUGCAGCACCUCCAUGGCUGGAGUGGCAGUGCUCGACAACCGACUGUACAUUGUGGGGGGAGUUCAUGGAUAUAAUAAGGACACAGUGGACAGCAGCUUCUGCUACAAUCCUGAUACAGGGGUUUGGACAACUCUUCCAGGUCCCCAGCAGCUAAGAUAUGACUUCACCCUGCUGGGGCACGAGGGCAGACUCUACGCCAUUGGCGGCGAAUUCCAAAAACGGACGAUCUCCACAGCAGAGAGUUACGACGUUGAGAAAGGAGAGUGGACAUUCAUAAAACAAGCACCAAGACCUGUAGCAUCUGCAGCUUGUGCUGUUGCAAGACGCCGGAUGUUUGUCUGCUUCUGGAAACCACCAGACACCACAGACAUCUAUGAAUACAUACCGGCAAAAGACGAGUGGAAACUGGCAACCACUAUGAUCAAACCUAUGAGCUAUGGCCACUGUAUGGUAGCCCACAGGGACAAUUUAUAUGUAAUGCGCAAUGGGCCUUAUGACGACUUCCUGCGCUGUCUGAUGGACUGCUACAACAUCACGACAGGCCAGUGGACAGCCAUGCCAGGACACUACAUCAACAGCAAGGGGGCGCUGUUCUCUGCGAUGAUAAGGGGGGAUUCCGUGUUCACAGUGAAAUACAUGCUAACGCUGGAAUACGCCAUCACUGAGCAGGGAUGGAAGCCCCGCAGGCAGAUGAAGGGGUUUCCAAAGAGUGGUUCACUGUGGACGUGUUUACUCAGGCUUCCCAAGACGGGACCAGUUUCACCACAGCUGGAUGCAGAAGGGGAGGAAGAAGAAAUGUCUUUGCCAGACACAUCUGAGGGAUUUGUGGAAGCUAUACCACAACUGUGAAAUCCCUGAAAAACAAUGUUUUAUCUUCAGGGUUUCUAAACUAGAAUGUGAGUUUUAGAAUUUAAAAAAAACCCACUGUGACUACAUGACUGCAUUGUGACACAAACGUUCGUUCAUAGUCACUUUCACAUGCACUCACACUUGCACACACAUGCACACGUGCUGACACUAUGCAUUUGUUCUGAUUAGCAACAGCUGCUACUGUAGUUUAUACUAGGAGAGGCCACUGUGCGUGUGUGUGUGUGUGUGUGUGUGUGUGUGUGCAAAGUUCAAAGGCACUGACGGGAUGUUCUAAACCUCUCGUUCUCUACGUUUUUCCUGAAGUCACACUGAGCCAAUUCAGGAGCCACCGGCCUCCCAGUCGACAUAAAACACACCACACACUCUUGGAUACUCACUUCCCCAGGUUUGCUGCUCCAUGAGUGAUUAAAUACCUGUUUCUGUGGGAGAAUACAUUUCACAUAGCCUCAAGCUUGUGACUCUGAGGGUUGUGGGAAAUGUCUUUGGCUUGUACGACCACAGACUGCAGUUGCUUUAGUAUAUUAAAAACCAAUGGAAUUCUCUGGCAACAUGUGAUAUCAAUCCAUAGUACUUUAUUUUGAAUACUUACUUUGCCUAGCGAUGUUGUUCUUACUGUACCAAAGGACUAAAAUACUGUCAGUUACAUUUAAAGUUGGAAUUUGUCUGUGGGCUCCUUUAACAUACCGUCGAAAAUCACGAUUUCCACUGAACCUUCCCAUGUACUUUGUUGAGUUCAGCAGUCCUACUGGGGUCAAUUAUGCGGCUACCAUUCCCACCACUUUGGCAGAGGAUCAAAAAAAUCAAAUCAUUUCACAUGUUAAUCCACUCUGAUGCAAUCAAGA